GGAGGGGUUUAAGGUGAGGGAGAGACGGUUCUGUUGGGGGGAAAGUAAAGUGAAGGGGUCCACCAGAAUCACUCAGAAGUUCAGAGAAGCUCUGCAGACUUUGUUGUAGAUCCUCUUUCUCUCCAUCCGGAGACCUGACUGCAAACCUUAACUUUUUCCUGCUGCUGACUUUUUGCAAACUCUUCUUUCUCAUCGAGUCGAGCCUGGUUUGGUUCCCCCGUCCAUCUGCUUCUCUUAGCGGCAGGGAAAGAGGGAAAGCGGAGAUCCAGACAGCCGGAAUGCAGCGUCUGCUGGGAGAGAAGGUGAUGGCGGCGGAGAGCAGAAACGGCAGCUCAGCUUUAACCCCCACCGAGGGCAAAGACAACAGCCAGAGGAAAGUGCUCAUCUUCCUGGACCUCUUCUGCCUCUUCCUCGCUGGUCUGCCUUUCCUGAUCAUCGAGUCCAGCGCUGUCCGGCCUUAUCGCCGCGGUUUCUACUGCAGUGAUGAGUCCAUAAAGUACCCCGCCAAAAACAGAGAGACUAUCAGCGAUGGGGUUUUAUCGGCCGCGGGCACACUCAUCGUGGUCCUCUCUAUCACCAUAGGCGAGAGCUACAGGAUCCACUACCUCCAUGAGGGCUCCAAUGCGUUUGUGAGGAACCCCUACCUGUCCGCCCUCUACAAGCAGGUGGGGGUUUUCAUCUUCGGCUGUGCGGUCAGCCAGUCCUUCACAGACAUAGCCAAAGUGUCCGUGGGCCGCUUGAGGCCUCACUUCCUGGACGUAUGCAGGCCCGACUUCUCCAUGAUCAACUGUUCCCUUGGUUACAUCACCGACUACAUGUGCACAGGAGACGACAGCAGGGUUCAGGAGGCCAGGAAGUCCUUCUUCUCAGGCCACGCCUCUUUCUCCAUGUACACUAUGCUCUAUUUGGCUUUCUACCUGCAGUCGAGGUUCACCUGGGAGGGAGCCCGGCUUCUGAGGCCACUGGUGCAGUUUACUCUCCUCAUGAUGGCCUUCUACACCGGCCUGUCACGCGUCUCUGACCACAAGCACCACCCAACUGACGUACUGGCGGGAUUCGCUCAGGGAGCCCUGGUGGCUUAUUGCAUAGUGUUCUACGUCUCAGACCUCUUCAAGUCAAAGGACAGAGGUGCUUCCAUCACAUCGACUCCCAUCAAGAAAGACCUUUUACCACCUGCAGAACGGAACAACCACCUCACUCUAGCGUGAUGCUAAUGCUAGCACUAGCCUAGGAUACUCUGAAAGGUCCAGCUGACAUGGACUGGGGCAGCUUUAACCGUCGGUGGGCUAGCUAAGGCUUGUGGGGUUUGCCCAUCAGCAGACUAGCCUAAACUGGACAGAUCUAAACCACAUGCAAGGCUUAUUGUGCCAAACCCAGGCCUGAUUUCAGGCCUGCAUGAAAGUACACUGCUUACAUUGUAACUGGAGAGUGAAGAGUUCCACCACUUCCAGAUGGAGAAGUCUUUUUCUCAAACCAGUGUCUCUUACGUAGAACCUUCGAUUCACCACCUCAAAUGGACACUUUCUGGUGGCUGAGAUAACAGACGAGCUCUUGGAGGCAUCAUCAUAUAUCGUAAGCCUUUAUCCUUUCCUUAAGUGAGACAACAAAUUCCUAGCCCAGAGGAAGGAUUUUUAAACGUUAGAUUCUGAAUAUUUUGAGAGUAUAGCACAUUUUACAGGACUUAAAAUGUUAGUGGUAUAAGUUUAUAGGACUGUACGAGGCCCUUUAUUUUAAAAUGGGUGCCCAUUUGUUAGUGUUAAAGGACAAACCCAAAAUGCAAACAGUGAAAAAAAAAAAAUACUAGAUUGGCUAACAGCAAAUCGGCAUGUAGAGGCCAGUUUUUAUAUCUUUUUAGCAUCAUGCUAACUAGCUAUGAUGGCGUUUUAGGGCCUCUGUUAAAAAAACAUAAAUAAUAGACUUUGAGAGUCUAUAGACUUUUGAAAGUUGUAAUAUUUCAAGAAUAAAGUUGUAAUAUUUUGAUAAUACAGUCGUAAAGUUACAAGAAUGAACUCGCAAUAUUUCGAGGAUAAAGUGGGCUAAUUGUAGGGGGGCUGCCAUAACGUGUUGGGGUCUCAGUUGCUGUAGUGGCGAGUCCGUCUGGCUCUUUAUUCUAUAAUUUUUUCCUAUUCUAUUUCCUGCACAGCCGUUUCAGCCGUUUCUUAUACUAAUAACACUCUGGUGCUGAUGUGCCAGGAGAGACAGGGAGACUGAGUAUUUCUUAAUGGUGUGAAAUCGAUACGAAAGUUUAACUCUACCAGCUCCUCAGCGUCCCUCGUUUUAGCACGAGGAGGUGCUGCCUUCCUUUUGCAAACCCUUUGGUUACAAUGUUGCAGCUUUUUCUGGUAAUAUCCCACUUUAAUGUCCUAAUUCUACGACUUUAUUAUCGAAAUAUUCUGACCUUAUUUUCCAAAUAUUACAAUUUUAUUCUCGAAAUAUUGCGACUUUGAAAAUAAAGUCUAUUAUUUUCAAUUUUUUGAACAGUGAUCCAAAAACACCAUCGUAAGUAGCCCAUGCUGGAUUUGAUGCUGUCAGCAAUGCCAGUGUUUUGAGCGAAAAACUCCCCUAAUGCUGUUAAUUUGCUUGCAAGUUCUCUGACGCAAGCUCAGACUGAGUGAAGAGGGGCCUCUAUCUGCUGGUUUAAGAUGAGUCUCUGCUAUAAUUGUGUGCUAAGCUAGAUCAGCUUUGAAUGUGCGAGUUUGUCUCUGCGAUUGGUGGGCGUGUGUGUGUGUCUGUGAUACUGACAAUAAAACUGUAAGUGUAUGAGAGACCACUAUAAAUGUGUCUCAGUGGAAACGUUUGUAUUUCAGGGCUGGGAACCUAAGUUUGUUUUUAAGUAUAUUUUUGUGUAAUGAAAAAAAAGACUGUGGAUCUUAAACUGUAUUCUGAUACCACUUGAUAAAUAAAGGUGCAUUACAACUAU